GAGGAGCUGAAGCACCCGCGUGAGGACCCGCAGACACCUGAGGGAGCGAGGGACAGAUUGGGGAGUCGUAGGGGGCAGACGCAUUGACUGAUAUCAUCAAAGCUAUUGAUAAAGAUGAAAAUAUUGAUUAUGGGGAUCUGAAUACUUGUCUUCAAAAUUUUGGAGUUUACCUUUCUAAGCCAGAAUUUCAGAAGAUCACAGAGUUGACUGAAGCUGGCGUAUUUAUUGCCUGAUGCUAUUGAAAACCUCCACAACCUUAGCAAAGAGAAGAUGAGUGCUCCUGACCUGUGGAAUACUCUUUCUAGUUUGAAAAGUAAUUUAAAAAAAGAUGAAUUCCUAGCUGCACUGAAAUUAGCAACAGUUGAUGGUGAGAAGGUUGAUACUAGUGACCUGGAAAUUUUUCUGCAAAAUAUGGGGAUAGAGCUCACAGAAGAUAAAGGCAUGGAAUUACUGAACAAUCUUCCAGUUGAUGCCAAAAGAAAGGUGUAUAUGAACAGAUUGAUGAAAGAAUUGCAGUCUUUUAAAGGGACAAAGGUAUCUUUAGAUAAGGUGGACACUUUCAUUAAAAACAUGGGAAUUGACCUCAAGGAGAAAGAAAUCCAGGAAUUGAAGGACCACCUACCAGUUGAUGAGCACAGGCUCCGGACGCGCAGGCUCAGCGGCCAUGGCUCACGCGCCCAGCCACUCCGCGGCAUGUGGGAUCUUCCCGGACCGGGGCACGAACCCGUGUACCCUGCAUCGACAGGCAGACUCUCAACCACUGCACCACCAGGGAAGCCCUAUUUUUAACUUUUUGAGGACCUUCCAUACUGUUUUUCAUAGUAGCUGCACCAAUUUACAUUCCCACCAAUAGGCACGAGUGUUCCCCUUUCCCUGCAUCCUGGCGGACACUUGUUAUUUCUAGUCUUUGAUAAUAGUUUUUCUGACAAGUGUGAGGUGGUAUCUCAGUGUGGUUUUGAUUUGCAUUUCCCUGAUAAUUAGAGAUGUUGAACAUCUUUUCAUGUGCCUGCUGGCUGUGUGUAUGUCUUCUUUGGAAAAAUGUCUAUUCAGGUCCUCUGCCCAUUUUUUAAUCAGGUUUUUUUUUUUAUAUCGAGUUGUAUGAGUUCUUUAUAUAUUUUGGGGGGGUUUUGUUUUUUUAAUGUAACUGCUUUUUUUCAACAAAUAGCCCAUACUUUUUAUUUAUUGAUUAUUUUUAUUUAUUUAUUUAUUUAUUUUUGGCUGCACCAGGUGGUUUGCAGGACCUUAGUUCCCCGCCCAGGGAUCGAACCCGUGCCCCCUGCAUUGGGAGCGUGGAGUCUUAACCACUGGACCACCAGGGAAGUCCCUCUUUAUAUAUUUUGGAUAUCAACCCCUUACUGAUAUAUCAUUUGCAAAUAUCUUCUCCCAUUCAGUAGGUUGCCUUUUCAUUUUGUUGAUGGCUUCUUUUGCUGUACAAAACCAUUUCAGUUUUAUGUAGUUCCAUUUUAAUAUUUUCGCUUUUGUUUCCCUUGCCUAAGGACACAGAUCCAAAAAAAAAAUUUCUAAGACCAAUGUCGAAGAGCUUACUGCCUGUGUUUCAUGGUUUCAGGCCUUAUACUUAAGUCUUUAAUCCAUUUUGCAUUUAUUUUGGUAUAUGGUUUAAGAAAGUGGUCCAGUUUUCCCAAACCACUUAUUGACUGAAGAGACUCUCUUUUCCCUUCGUGUAUUUAAUUUUUCAAAUCUUAUUAUCUUCACCUGAGUCUAAAUUCUGAAUUUUCUUACAGAAGAUGAAAAGGUUGACUUGGAUGUGUUGAUGGAUGCAGCACUUUUACAGGAGAUGGAAAGGUAUAUAAGAAAAGAUUGCUGGAUAGCGUGAAGCCUCUCAAAGGGAAAAAAGUCAGUGUCAAUAACCUAGACACGCUAAUGGAGAACAUGGAAAUUCAGCUUGAGAAAGAGGACUAUGAAGACUUACUGACCCAUCUGCCAGCUGAUGAGAAUAAAAUGGUUGAUUUGGAUGUGGCGAUGGAUGAUGCAAAAGCUUUCACAGGAGAGAAAGUUAAUGUCAGUAAUCUGGACAAUGCGCUGAGGACAGUGGGGCUCGUGCUCACUGCUGAGGGGCAUGAGGAGCUGCUGAAAACGGCCAAUUCACGCUGAUGGAAAAAUAUAUAAGAAUAGAUUGCUAAAAGGUGUGAAAGCCCUCAAAGGACCAAGGGUCAAAAUCAGAAAACUGGACUCCUUUGUGGAAAACAUGGGAAUUAGACUCAAGGAUGAGGAAUUUGAGGAACUAAUGACCCAACUGUCAGCUGAUGGUGAUAAUACAGUUGGUCUGAAUGAUUUGAUGGAUGCUCUCUGUUAUAUCAAGGAGGUGAUUGAUAUCCAGGACUUAGACAACUUCCUAGCAAAUGAGGGGGUUGAGCUCACAGAAGAAGAAAUGAAACUAAUGCCUCAUUUGACAUUCAAUGAGCACAGGCUCCAGACGCGCAGGCCCAGCGGCCAUGGCUCACGGGCCCAGCCGCUCCGCGGCAUGUGGGAUCUUCCCGGACCAGGGCACCAACCCGUGUCCCCUGCAUCGGCAGGCGGACUCUCAACCACUGCGCCACCAGGGAAGCCCCAAGGUCUUAUUGCAGCACAUGGGAUCUUCGUUGUGGCAUGCGGACUUCUUAGUUGCAGCAUGUGGACUCUUUGUUGUGGCAUGCAGACUCUUAGUUGCAGCAUGCAUGCAGGGUCUCAUUCCCCGACCAGGGAUCGAACUCAGGCCCCCUGCAUUGGGAGCAUGGAGUCUUACCCACUGGACCACCAGGGAAGUCCCAGGAACAGAGUUACUGGCCACAUGGCAGUUUCUGAUAUUAAAGCAAAACUUAAACUGAAUCCUUCAACAAAAAUACCCAACUUCCAUGGCAAGAGGGAUAAAGAUUUACCAGGACCUCUGCCAAGCCAAUUACAGCACAAAGAAAGGAAGUUGAGCCCUUCACAAAUGCGAGCCUUCCAAGAUGCCUACAACUUCUUUAACAAGGAUAAAACUGGCUGUAUUGAUUUACAUGGAAUGAUGCGCACUUUAGCUAAAUUGGGAGUGAAUCUAACCAAGCAUGAUGUCUGUAAUGAACUAAGAUGUGCUGAUAUUGAUCGAGAUGGGAAGGUGAAUUUCUCAGACUUUAUAAAGGUGCUAACAGAUAACAACCGCUUCCUGAAGGCUGUGGUUCCAGAAACGGAGAGCUGUUUAGAUUUAGCUGGCAACCCAGGGAUCCUAUUGUUUGAAAUCCUAUCAAAGCUUGUAGAGACUUCAGCCUUACCCAGAAAGGCUCUAAUGGAAAUAGUAAGCUAUUUCCGAAGAAAAUUCCAGGAAACCACCUCGGAAAUGGUGUGGAGCCCUUAUGCUACAGGUUAUGGAAAAAGGAGAUUUAAGCCAGACAUAUGCACACCUCCAAGCUCAAGCACAGCCGCCUUUGCUAAUGCUGCCCGGAUUGCAAUAACGAAAGAAAAGGAUUUAUUUAAAUUUCUUGAAGAGCUCAAAAGAUGCAAUCGUCCUUCAGAUAGCCCAUAUUCAAAAAUACCCGUCUUUCCACUGUUUCCUAAUGUGGAUGGGGUGGUGAUGGGAAAGCCAUUCAAAGACAUACAGAAAUUAGAAAUGCUAAGGAGAACGGAGCCUCUGAAUUUCUUUGAGAACUAUUUUUUCCAUAAAAAAGACUGGAAAACACAGGCAGCAAAUACAAAGUCUAUCGACCGUGCCUCAGGCUACCCAACUGACAUCCUCGCCAUCGACCAAAUACUCAAGAAAAAGCAGAAUUGGACAGUGGCUGAUGCAGCUGCUAUUAAACAGCAUGUAAAGAGAGCUACAGAUACCUAUAACUUGGGAAUUGCCCUUGAGCACCGGGAACAAAUGCUAAACCUCUGGCGGAAGAUCCGAGGGGAUUUGAUUGGGAUAGACAGUAAAAAUGAGUCCUUUUAUGACACCUUUUCUACUUAUACAUGGUCCUGGAAUGUCUGCCAAGAAUUACUUUCCCCAAAGGACUUAAGGUUAUAUGAUGCCUGUGUGAAUAGAAAUUCCUUCCACAACUCGACAUUCUCUUCCUCUUCGGAUAUUAGUGAGUGUGCCACAGGAAGAAGAAGAAAAUGGAAAGGCUUCAAAGGGUUUCGACAAUGAAAUUUCUACAUUUUCUAAACAGCUCAUUGCAAACUACUUUUUCAUAGAUAUCAAAAUUAUUCUUGCUUUUGUCUAAUACAUUCUUAGCAGCUGGAAAUGUUGACAUCUUUGGAAUUCUGACCAGUAAAAAAGUUUAAGUCAUAGUAUGGUUUCCCUUUCCUAAUUCUUGCUAGUAGAUAGAUGCCUUGCGGUUAUUCCCCUAGCAACCAGCUGCACUCCGCUGCCCCUACCUGGUUCAAAACUGCCUGGGCCUCAGCAGGAAGGAGAAAAGCAAAGCUGGCACUUACCUCAGCACAGGGCUGCCCUUCUGACCUCCUAACAGCCCUCUCAGCAAUAAGCACCUGAGUUUAUGUGACUUAAGUGGCAUUAGUUUUUUUAUCGUUUGUGAAAGAAGCCAGAGGCAGCAGAUGACAAUGACCCUUCAGUUUCAGGGAAUAAUUUCGCAAUCCCCCAAGGAACCUUGAUUAGAUUUGGGUUUUCGUAAGGCUCCUUAGCCACACACUUUCAGACUGAUCUCUUGGAUUACCCUAAAGAAUAGCUGAUUUCACUCACUCUUCACUGUUAAGGUCAAUGAGUGAGUAACAGUUUUGUAGUAGUUGUGAUUAAAGAUGGAUUUUGGUUGGAAAGAAUAUUCUUUUCAAGUUUUAUCACUCAAAAAAAAGAUUCCAGACCAGACUUCUGGCCAUUGCUAAACAAAAGUAGUGUUAUUUUUGAUCAGUGCUAUGUAUGCCUGGAGAAAAAUUCCCAGAAUGAAGGAUAGCUAGAUAGGAAUUUUAUAAGCAAGAAAACCAGCCGUCCCACUCCUAGGUAUUUACCAAAAAAAAUUUUUUUUAAGGUGAUCUCAUCCAUUAUGCUUGUUGUUGUUCUUUAAUGCAGUUAAUAAAGGAGCACAUGUAUAACUGUAUUACAAGUUGGAGGGGUUGCAAUUUUUUAUUGUGGAAAAAUAUAAAUAAUAUAAAAUUUAUUAUUUUAUAUUUAAGUGUAUAUCAUCCAUUACUUUUUUUUCCUUUUAGAAAAAGGAAAAUACAUGUUCCAUAUUGAUGGAGACAGUGGCUUAUAAUGUAAAAUUAUAACAUGCCAGUAAGAAACAAUGAAGAUAGUGAAGGAUCCCAAAACUGUUUAAUGAAAUAAACUUGAAGUAAUUUUGUGUUACCUUGAAUAUUCAAAACUGUCUAAGUAUAUUUGCCAGUCUUUAUAAUGUUAUGUUUGGGACAAAAAUAGAUAACAUUAUAGAUAAGUGAUUAUAUUUUCUAAAUAAAAGACAAAAUUUAUGGUUUGACAAGAGAUUUUUUUUUUUUUGGUAUGGCUGUGAGUAUAACAGGCAACCUAAGAGAUUUAACUUGGAUGCCAAAAUAUUAGAAUUCCUGGAAUAUUUCCUUGGAUCAGUGUGAUAACAGGACAGAAUAUUUUUAAGUACAUCUGUCUUGGAAAAUUUUAAAUGUGCAGUAAUAUAUUCUAUUAAAUUAUCACACUGUUGAUGACAGCAUAAAUUGGCCUCUCUCUGAUGGAAUACAGUAUAGCAACAGGUACUCAGCCAUUCAUUCACCAAUUAUUUCCUGAGUUGCAAACUGUGUGGUGGACCCUGUUCUCAGACCUGGAUAUCUAACAGUGAGCAAACAGAUAAAAUGCUCUGACCUCCCAGAGCUUAAUAACGGAGCUAAUUAUAACCAUUCAUUCAGCACUUCCACUUCUAGAAAU